AAUCUUAAUCCCCAAGAUAGUUAUAUAGGAAGUGCUCUUGAUCUUUCCUUUAGGCUAAAAAAAUUUUUACUCACCUGUUUUUUUUUAAGAGAAUUAACAAAAGGUAAUAGUAUAAUUUAUAAAGCUUUACUAAAACAUGGUUACUCCAGUUUCAGAUUAUAAAUAUUAGAGUACUGUUUACCUGAUGUACUAAUUGAGAACAAUUAUACCUUGAUAACCUUAAUCCCACAUAUAACAUAUUGAAAGUAGCUGGUUUAUCUAUGGGAAUGAAACAUAGCGAGGCUACAAAAUAAAUUUAAAAAAAAAGUAUAGAGGGGUACACACUUAAAAGCUACUAUAUAUAAAAUAACCGAGAAUAACCAUAUAUCUAAAUCUGUCCCCUCGGCGGUGCGUUCCGCACCGCCUCAGGGCCAUAAUGAACCCUGAGGUGGGUUGCGAAGCAACCC